CAGUAUUGAUGGACCACUUGGCAGUUGGACCUGCGGGGUCCCAGGCGCCUGCCUCAUCAGCGUCAUCAGUGGUGUAGCCUGUUAGCGCCAGGCGGCGUCAUCGGCCCGCCAGCACCACCGACACCACAUCCACUAAUGCGUCGGGGUCACAGCCAGGUAUAGCUUUCCUUUUUCUCCAGUUAAUUUUCUUUUUUAUUUCUUGUUUUUGUUUUUGUUUUUGUGUGUGUGUAUUUUAUUGUUAAAUUUGUUAUUUAUUUAACAUUCAUGUCAUCUUUCUUUGCAGCCAAGAAGAACACUCGAGGGCCGUGUCGGCAGUUGAAGACGGCGAAGGUCACCUGGGUGACCAACAGUCGUAUCAACAUCGGAUACGACGAGCGACAUCGGGCUACACCGACGGUGGAGUUGCAUAGCUCCUUGGCCCACGACAUUGGUUAUGUGAUUCGGAGCUAUUGCCCGAUGCAAUGGAAGUCUUGGAAGGUGAUGCCUGACGAGACCAAGACUGAGGUUCGCGGCCAGUUGUCGACGAACUACAACUUGGAGGACCUUGACGAAGAGUCGUUGGCGUACGUCAACAGACUCUUCUCUGAGAGGUACAAACAGUGGAAGAGCGACUUGCACCACCAUUUUGAGGCGUUUGUUGAUCCGCAAGUCGCUCUUCAAGAGGGUUGCCCGAAAGAGCUUGAGGCCCUGGAGGAUAGUUGGGCGUGGCUCUGCGCUCAUUUUCAGGCGCCCGCUUUUGUGGUAAUUUUUUAUAUUUAA